CCCCGGUGGGCGCGCAGGUGGCGCGCAGGCCCAUGCGCAAGUCCUUGUCCCAGCCCGGCCUGCGCUCCUGCGCCUGGAGGAAGGAGUUCCAGGACGCCGGCCUCCGAAGCAGCAGCUUCUUCAGCUCUUUUGAGGAAGCCGACAUCGAGAGCCACCUCGUGAGCGGACACAACAUUGUGCAGCCGACAGAUAUGGAGGAAAAUCGAACCAUGCUCUUCACGAUUGGCCAAUCUGAAGUUUACCUCAUCAGUCCUGACACCAAGAAGAUAGCAUUGGAGAAAAAUUUUAAAGAGAUAUCCUUUUGCUCUCAGGGCAUUAGACAUGUGGACCACUUUGGGUUUAUCUGCCGGGAGUCUUCUGGAGGUGGCGGUGUUCAUUUCGUCUGUUACGUGUUUCAGUGCACAAAUGAAGCUCUGGUUGACGAAAUUAUGAUGACCCUGAAACAGGCUUUCACAGUGGCUGCAGUACAGCAGACAGCUAAAGCGCCAGCCCAGCUGUGUGAGGGCUGCCCCUUGCAGGGCCUGCACAAGCUCUGUGAAAAGAUAGAGGGAAUGAAUUCUUCUAAAACCAAACUAGAACUCCAAAAGCACCUGACAACAUUAACUAAUCAGGAGCAAGCUACUAUCUUUGAGGAGGUUCAGAAAUUGAGACCAAGAAAUGAACAGCGAGAGAAUGAGUUGAUCAUUUCUUUUUUGAGAUGUUUAUAUGAAGAGAAACAAAAAGAACACAUUCAUAUUGGUGAGAUGAAGCAGACAUCGCAGAUUGUAGCAGAGAAUAUUGGAAGUGAAUUACCACCCAGUGCCACUCGAUUUAGGCUAGAUAUGCUGAAAAACAAAGCAAAGAGAUCUUUAACAGAGUCUUUAGAAAGUAUUUUGUCCCGGGGUCAUAAAGCCAGGGGCCUGCAGGAACAUUCUGCCAGCAUGGAUCUGGACAGCUCCAUGUCUAGUACAUUAAGUAACACCAGCAAAGAGCCAUCUGUGUGUGAAAAGGAGACCUUGCCCAUCUGUGAGAGCUCCUUCAAGCUCCUUGGCUCCUCAGAUGACCUGUCCAGUGACUCGGAGAGCCAUCUCACAGAAGAGCCUGCCCCACUGUCACCCCAGCAGGCCUUCAGAAGGCGAGCAAACACCCUGAGUCAUUUCCCCAUGGAGUGCCAGGAACCUGUGGAACCUGCUCAGGGAUCUCCAGGGGUCUCACAAAGAAAACUUACGAGGUAUCACUCAGUGAGCACAGAGACGCCUCAUGAAAGAAAUGUGGACCAUCCACCUGUGGGCCGAUCUAAGCAUUGCUCAGGUCAGUCUUCAGCUCCUGCUUCUCCACCUCGUCUUACCCCUUCCGCCUCCUCGCCAAACUUUUUUAAGUACCUAAAACAUAAUUCCAGUGGAGAACAAAGUGGGAAUGCUGUGCCAAAGAGCAUCUCCUACCGUAAUGCCCUGCGGAAAAAACUUCAUUCUUCUUCCUCUGUGCCAAAUUUUCUAAAAUUUCUGGCUCCUGUAGAUGAAAAUAACACCUCUGACUUUAUGAACCCAAAAAGGGACUUUGAAUCCAAAGCAAGCCAUCUUGGUGACUCUGGUGGGACCCCUGUGAAAACCCGCAGGCAUUCGUGGAGGCAGCAGAUAUUCCUCCGAGUGGCCACACCGCAGAAAACGUGCGAUUCUCCCAGCAGAUAUGAAGAUUACUCAGAGCUGGGAGAGCUUCCCCCACGAUCUCCUUUAGACCCAGUUUGUGAAGAUGGACCCUUUGGCCCUGUGCCAGAGGAAAAGAAAAGGACAUCUCAGGAGCUUCGAGAGCUAUGGCGAAAGGCUAUUUUACAACAGAUACUGCUCCUCAGAAUGGAGAAGGAAAAUCAGAAGCUGCAAGCCUCUGAAAAUGAUUUGCUGAACAAGCGCCUGAAGCUUGAUUAUGAAGAAAUCACUCCUUGUCUUAAAGAAGUAACUACAGUAUGGGAAAAGAUGCUUAGCACCCCAGGAAGAUCAAAAAUUAAGUUCGACAUGGAAAAAGUGCACUCAGCUGUUGGGCAAGGAGUGCCACGUCAUCACCGGGGUGAAAUCUGGAAAUUUCUAGCUGAGCAAUUCCACUUUAAACACCAGUUUCCCAGUAAACAGCAACCAAAGGAUGUGCCAUACAAAGAGCUCUUAAAACAGCUAACCUCGCAGCAGCACGCGAUUCUUAUUGACCUCGGGCGAACCUUUCCAACACAUCCGUACUUUUCUGCCCAGCUGGGAGCAGGGCAGCUGUCACUUUACAACAUUUUGAAGGCCUACUCGCUUCUAGACCAGGAAGUAGGCUAUUGCCAAGGUCUCAGCUUUGUAGCAGGCAUUUUGCUCCUUCACAUGAGUGAAGAAGAGGCGUUUAAAAUGCUCAAGUUUCUGAUGUUUGACAUGGGACUGCGAAAACAGUAUCGGCCUGACAUGAUCAUUUUACAGAUCCAGAUGUACCAGCUCUCAAGGCUUCUCCACGAUUACCACCGAGACCUCUAUGAUCAUCUGGAGGAGCAUGAAAUCGGCCCCAGCCUCUAUGCUGCCCCCUGGUUUCUCACUGUGUUUGCCUCACAGUUCCCACUGGGAUUUGUAGCCAGAGUCUUUGAUAUGAUCUUUCUCCAAUGA